CACUCUCCCUUUUAUUUCAGCAGCACGCUGCAAUCUCAGAGUCCUCUAAGUGCUUUUUCCUCCCCUGCUCUCGCUGCAGCUCUGCGUGGAUUACAGCAGUCAUGUUAAGAAACUCUGUUUUCUCCUGCUUUGUUUUCUACGGCGUGCUGCUGGUGUUAAAGAUGUACGUAAUAGCGGUCAUAACGGGACAAAUAAGACUGCGUAAAAAGGCUUUUGCCAACCCCGAGGACGCGCUGAGACACGGAGGUUUACAGUAUCACAGAGAAGAUCCAUAUGUGGAAAGAUGCCGGAGAGCUCAUAUUAAUGACAUGGAGAACAUCCUCCCUUUUCUCUUCUUGGGCGCCAUCUACUCCAUGACUGGACCUUCACUGUGGGUGGCACGGCUUCACUUCCUCGUCUUCUUCAUCUGCCGUGUGCUGCACAGCGUUGCCUACCUGCUGGCCCUGCAAGCACCGACCCGGUCCGUGGCCUACACCUUAGCUCAGAUUCCCUGUGUGUCCAUGGCCGUACAGAUCCUGAUGGCAGUCAAAUCAUAUGCCUAAAAACACUAAUAAAUCAAAAACAAAAUAAAUCCAGGAACAAGGGACUGAACUAACAGCUGUGAUCUGAGACUCAAGACGGCUCAUUAUGUGUGACCUGUGUCAGAAAGUAGUGGGAGAAGGAUUCCUGUUGCACUUCCUGUAAAGACAAGUGGAAGUGCAAUACAAGGUCUCUGAUAACACCAGUGCUGGGUUUUGAGAUUGAUUAUCAGUAUUUUUUUUUCUUCUUUUUGGCAAAGUUUGAAAUAUAAUAGUGUCUUAUAAAGAUUCCUGAAGCUGACAUCACAUGCAGUAGAUGCAAUCGAGGUUGUUGCUCCCCUUUUCUUUUCUUUUCUUUUUUUUUUUAAA